GAGUGCGGACGUAUCCGCGUAGAAAGUCGGUCACUGUGCUGCUCGGCUGAGGUUGGGUUUUUUUUUUUUUUCGGCCGGACCCUAGCGUCGCAUUGCCGUCGAGGCGUUAUUAUUUUCUAACCCCCCUCCACCUCUUUUCCAAGCCCACCAUGUCACCACCCCGCUCCGCGGGAACGCGUUCGUGAGUCAGUGUUCCAGUAGCGUUCGAGUCAGACUGCGUAGUGGUUGCGCGUUAGUUCGCGAGAGAGCGCAGUCGACGCAAGGUUAGCGUAGCGGAGGGAACAGAAACUCGAUCCCGCGCGUCUAAGCUUGUGCGCUCUGGUGGUUGCGUGGAAGCUUUACUUCUUUUUUAAUUUAUUUAUUUUUCCUUUUUUUUUUACUUCCGACUCCGGUUGUUUGCCGGCGUUGGCGGUUCCUCUCCAUACUCCGAAACACGGAGCAAAGAAGAGACUGUUCAAGAUUGGUGGACGCCCAGGCAUGUUCGCCUCCAGGUGGCAGGUGAUUGGCUGCGCCCUGGCGGCCCUGUUCGCCGCCGCGGCUGCCGCUGAGCACGCCGGGCGCUGCCCCGCGCUGGCCGUCUGCCCAGGGCCCUUGGCGGCGUGCGACGGCGACGACGACUGCGGCGGACAGCACAAGUGCUGCGCCUCUCCGUGCGGCCGGACCUGCGUCAGGCCUCUCUUCACAGGCUGCGAGCAGGUGCAGGCGGAGGCGGGCCGGCGCGCCAGGGCGCUGGGCCCCCAGGGCGCAGGGGCCCGCGUGCCGCGCUGCGACUCCGCCGGGGACUUCGAGCAGGUGCAGUGCUCCGCCGACGGCUCCAAGUGCUGGUGCGUGGACGCGGCGGGCUUCGAGCUGCCCGGCACGCGCGCCCCCGGCCGCGACCUGGCCAACUGCUCCGACCCGAGGCCCUGCAGCGCGGCGACGUGCCGCAUGCUCUGCCCCCACGGGUUCGCCCUGGCGGAGGACGGCUGCCCCAAGUGCCAGUGCUACGACCCUUGCAGCGAGGUGAAGUGCCCCAAGGCGACCCAGUGCCAGCUGGAGGACGUGGCCUGCUUCCGGCAGCCCUGCCCGCCCGUGCCCAAAUGCAAGAAAGGCCGUAGCCUGGAAAACGUGUGCCCCGCGGGGAGCCCCCUGACCAUCACGGACAGCAACCGGCCGUUCCUCUGCGGCACCAGCCCCGGCCGGCCGAACUGCCCCCCGCUGUUCCGCUGUCUCGUGCAGCCAGGUCACGACUACGGGGUGUGCUGCCCCGCGUCGUUCGAGCUGCAGAAGCCCGGGUCCUGCCCGCCGACGGGCGAGGACGAUGCCUGCGGCUUGUCCUGCGAGCACGACCUCGAGUGCGCGUCCAUGCAGAAGUGCUGUGAGAGCCCCGGGUGCGGCAAGCACUGCACCCAGCCCCAGAACGUGACAGUGUGCCUGCAGCAGAAGAUGCUCUCGGAGCUGCUGGUGAUGAGCGAGAAGGAGGGCAAGGGCUACGUGCCGCAGUGCUCGGCGACCACGGGCCAGUUCGAGCCCCGCCAGUGCAGCCGCAACGGCCUCGUGUGCUGGUGCGUCGACUCCAACGGCAACAAGCUGCCCGGCUCCAUGGGGUCGCGCGACGCCGUCCGCUGCUCCGGCGUCCAAGAGGCGAGGGCGCGCGGACGCAGCUCCUCCACGCUGUGCGACACGAACCUGUGCGCGCAGGUGUGCGAGUACGGCUUCAAGGCGGACGCCAGCGGCUGCCCCACGUGCGAGUGCGACGACCCCUGCGAGGGGUUCCGGUGCGGGGCUGGGGAGCGGUGCGUCGUCGUCAAGGACAGCUCCUGCACGGACUUCCUCUGCCCCACCGUGCCCGUGUGCCAAGCGUACCGGUGCCAGGCCGGGCUCCCGCUGGUGGACGACGUGACGGGAGACACGGUGAUGUGCGACUCUGAGCUGGACGACUGCCCCGGAGGCUACACGUGCGCCAAGGGGCUGUGCUGCCCGCGGGAAGAGAUAAGAGAGAUAGAGAAGCCUGGGAGGUGCCCCGCGCUGACCCCGGAGAGCUGCGUCUUCCCCAAGGACGUGUGCGAGAAGGACGAGGACUGCCCCGGAGACUCCAAGUGCUGCUCGUCCAGCCACUGCGGAGUGGGCUGCUACGACCCCGUGGAGGAGCCUCGCCUGCCCACCAUGUGCGAGUACCUGCGGGACUUCUCCACUAAGAUGGAAGGCACUCGGAAGGGAAUGCAGCUCGCCCUUCCGCCCCCGACCUGCCACGCAAAUGGUUCGUUCGAAGCCACCCAGUGCGUGACGACCCUCGAGACGAAAGAGUGCUGGUGCGUCGAUGGUUACGGGACAGAAAUACCAAACACCAGGGGCAACGGCAGCGUGGACUGCCCGGUGCUGAGGCGGGAGCUGGGCUGCCUGGACCAGACGUGCCGGCUGGGCUGCGACUACGGCUUCCUGCUGGACCCGGCGACGCGCUGCCCCCUGUGCGAGUGCCGCGGCCCCUGCGAGGGGGUGGCCUGCCCCGACGGGGGGGAGUGCCUCGUGGUGGAAGUCAACUGCGAGGAGGGCUACUGCCCUCCCGUGCCCGCGUGUUUGCCCAAGAAGAUCGGCCAGUGCCCCUACCUGAUCCCGGUGACGUCUGGCUCGUGUGACUACGAGUGCAAGUCGGACAUAAACUGCAACGGCACCGCGAAGUGCUGCUCCAAUGGCUGUGGCACCCAGUGUGUGGAGCCCGUGGUGAUGACAGCGUGCCAGCACCAGAGGACCAUCCUGCAGCACAGAGCGCACGAGAUGGGCACGCCCGCCGGCCGCCUCUACAUCCCGCAGUGCCGCGAGUCCGACGGCGGCUACGAGCCGGUGCAGUGCCACCCGCGCAGCCGGCAGUGCUGGUGCGUCGACGAGAAGGGGGAGGAGGUGUCCGGCACCCGGGCUCCCCCUGACGUCCAGCCCUCCUGCCACGCCCCGAGUGAGUGCCCCCUGUACAAGUGCUCGACCAACUGCCAGCACGGCUACAAGAUGGACGCGCGCGGCUGCCGCACGUGCGAGUGCCGGGACCCGUGCGAGGAGAUGCCGUGCCGCGGGGAGGGCGAGGCGUGCCGCCUGGUGGAGGUGGCGUGCGUGGACCGGCCGUGCCCCCCGGUGCCCCUGUGCCUGCCGCGGAGGGACAACCCCUGCCCGGGCGGGCACCCCUUGCUGCGGCCGGGCUCCGGGGACGCCGUGCGGUGCGGCCCGGCCCAAGACUCCUGCCCCUCCUCCCACAAGUGCCACCUCAGCCCGCUGGGCGAGUUCGCCGUCUGCUGCCCCAAGCCGAGAGACGUGUGUUUCGAGCCAAGAGACGAAGGUCCGUGCAAUGCUUCCACCACUCGCUGGUUCUUCAACACGGAGAAGAACAAGUGCGACAUGUUCGUUUUCGGCGGAUGUGCGGGCAACCAGAACAACUUUGAGUCCGAACAGAUCUGCAACACUGUUUGCCCAGUGCUGAGCCAGUGCGAGCGGCUGCGGGAGAGGAACCAGAAGGCGGCGGAGCGCUACAAGAAGGCCACGUUCGUGCCGCGCUGCGACCCGGAGAGCGGGCGCUGGCUGCCCGUGCAGUGCCUGGACCACGUGGGGGUGUGCUGGUGCUCCGACCCGGAAGGGGAGCCCGUCAAGGGGUCCCUGACGCGGGACGCGCUGCCCGUCUGCAACUUCCGGCAGGCCCGCCGCAGGAUGGACGACCUCGGGGAUUCCGCCCUGGCGUUCGAGGAACUGCUGAAGCAAGUGUCCACGCUGGACGACGAGGAAGACAACCGGGUGGAGAGGAGGACGCGCUGCCAGGCCCUCCGCCAGCUGAUGACAUCGACCAACUCCCUGUACGCGGUCGAGUGCGACGCUCACGGAAGGUUUGCCCCGACGCAAUGCUACCCUCGCAGCUCGGACAAGUUCCCGGAGUGUUGGUGUGUCGACGAGGCAGGGAACCAACUGCCGAACACCACCACUUUCAGGAAGGGAGCAAAAAUUUGCUUGCCUGUGCCCAUUGAAGCCGUGCAGGUGAAGUUGGGCUUCAACAACUACCACAACAAGUCUGCAAUACAGCAGAUUGAAGCUGAAAUGAAGAAGAUGAUUUUUGACCUUGGGGCAAAGCUGAAAGAUGACAUCAUCCAAAUAGAGAUAUAUCCAGACAUAAUUUACGUCCAUUUUGAUAUUAUUGGAGCCAACAAAGUAGAUGUGGCAUAUUACCUGGAGGAAAUGGUGAAGUCGAACAAAGUGACGCUGUCGGCCGGCCCGGACAUCGAGAUCCCGAUCGUGGCGGACAUCACCAAGUCGCGGUUCAGCCACAGGCUCCCCGCGGGGCCGGGCGCCGCCGCAGACCGCGUGAUCGCCCUGGAGCACCGCGAGGUGGUGUCCGAGUCGACCCUGUCCGAGGUGAAGCCGUACCAGACGGCCGUCGUGCUGCUGUGCGCGGGCUCCGCCUUCGUCAUCUGCGUGCUGGUGCUGGUGAUAGCGCUCUACCGCAGGAAGAUGUCCUCGGCGCCGUUCGGCGGGAAGGCGGCGGGGCUGGGGGAGCGCUUCGUGGACCGCGCGGCGCCCGUCUACGUGGUGUCGCUCCCGAAGGACGCGGACGCGCCGGGCGGCGGCGGCGGCCUCCCGGCCUUCGACGGCUUCCAGUCCCGGGAGCCGGAAGACUCCGUCCCGAAAGUCUGAACUCCAGCAAGCCCCGCACUAACCCAUCCGCGUCAGCGAUGAAACGAUGGGCUGAAGGACGGUAGUCAUUUUGAAACCUAUUCUUGCUCGCAAUACGUAUUUGAACUAGGUUAAGCUGAGAGGAUGGAGAUAAAAAAAAACAUGAUAGCAUUUUGUAGUUCUGCGUAGAGUGUUGCAUGUAAAACUGAAGCUGGAAUACCUUAGCGUCCUUGAACUAACACUGUAAAUAACAUUUAGAGAUAUGUAAUAGUCAUUGCCAUGUAAGUAUAGUCGGAGGUCAGAUUUUGUUACUGAUACGCAGUGAGUGCUUACCUUAAAACAUUGACAUUGUUCUAAGACUUCGUACUUUAAAGCCAGACUGGUUUGCGUUUUAAGGAAAUAGUUCUAGUUUAGUGAAAGGUGCAUGAUCCCUGAAAUUAUGAAAUAUUGUAGUUAUUGUAACCUGUUGAAUUUCAGCUGGCUUUUUUCAAAGCCAUGUUCAGGAAUUAAAGAUAUUAUUUUCUUUUGACUCCAUACAAACAUGAGAUCUAUGGGCUUGAAAUCCUUAAAUAUAAAAAAAUUAUCUCUGCUUUUUUUUUUUUGCAGCUCUAAAAGCAUUUUUUUUUCUUGUGAAAUAUGUGAAACUUUUAAAGUAUAUGUAUGUUUAUACCCUCUUCUAUAAACUUUAAUCUGAAAAUAUUUUGCAAUGCCUGUGUGCAGUUGCAAAUCAUAGUUAAUUUGCAAAAACUGUAACUGAUAUUUUGCUAAUUAUUUCCUCUUUCCGUAAGGACUAUAUAAAGCAUUUGAAAUGGUGAAAACAUAGGUGUCUAAAUUUUGUGUAACUUAUUUCCUAAAGCAGUAGCAAUAGAACCAAAAUUAUGGUUUUUCCUUUGCAUAGAUCUUUUUAAAUUGAGGGUUGAAUUCAAAAAUAAGGUAAAGUAGUUUGAAUAUGAGAAUGAAGCAUUGGCUGUUGUUUGAUCUACAUUCGGCACAUUUUUACUCUAUGGUUCAAAUCACACAAGUGAGCUUGUAGAAGGAGCACAAAAAUAGAAAGCAGAGUAUACCCAGUCAUUACUCUUAUGGUCUUUCGAUCCUCAGAAUAUAUUUACCUUUACACCUCAACUAAAAUAUAUAAUAAUUUGUACACUUUCACCAUUGCAGUAAUUCCAGUACAUACUUUUCCUGUCAGCUCUAAAGUAAUACUGUGAAAUUAUAUUUUUGUUUAUAUUUACCUGCAGAACUAAAAACAUUAUCUGUGAAUAUGACAGUUGAGGUAGUGCUUGCACACUCUUUCACCUGAAAUAAUUUUCAUUAUAUGUGAUUGAAGAUGUAAUUUAAUUACUUAUCAAGUAUGUAAUUAUGAAAUCUGUGUGUGAGUGACAGUUGUCAUUUAAUGUUUGUGCCAGUGCUACUUUUGAAGUUUUAUAACGGUACUGCAAAAUAUUUUUCUUCCCGAAAAAACUAUCAAACUGGUUGGGACACAACAAUUCUCUAGCCUUUGAACAGAGGCCUUAUGCGUGAAAUUUUUUUUUAAUUUGCCAGUUAUACUGGGCAGUAUUUUGUACCUCCAGAACUUAUUUUUGUAGAUUUUUUGAGUGCUGAGCAAUAACGAUAAGCUAAAAAGUAUUUUGUACUGUCUAUAGAUUUUAGUGAAUGUAACUUUUAAAUAAGUGUGUAUAUUGAGAUUUUGUCAAAAUGAGAUUGUAUAUACUUUUAAAAAUAAAUGUGAAGAAAUAAUUUUUUUUAACA